GGAACCUGUCCCCAGCACCGGUUCUCCAAAAACUCCCCCUGAACUUGUGGCGUCGCCAACCUGUGACCGCCACUAGCCGCCACAACUAAAUUAUCGAGAGGUGUCCUCACUUCCUGCGUCCCACGACCGGAGCGUGCACUCCGGAACGUUCACAAUUCUUGCCCUCUCUUCCAUUCUCAUCGCGACAAACCUCCCUGCAGCAACGACGUCCACCCUCCCCCUGCUACAUCGAUACAUAAAUACACUGCUUCACAAAGACAUAAAGAAAAAGAGGAAAAAAGGAAUGUCAGCUCCUGUAGCUCAGUCUCCGCCAACAGCUACUCCGGAAGCGCUGGCGGUGGCCGAGUUCCUUCGUUCGCAAGAUCUUAAAUGCAGGACUUGUAUCUUGCAAGGACAGAGGAAGGAUUUGUUCAAAGUCAAGCGGGCCCUCCGAGCCCUGAUGUCAGAAGCCUACACAAAGGCUCGAAAGAAGAACGCCCUUCUGCCCCCGGUGGUGGACCACAACUCAGCCGUUCAUGUAUUCUCCCUCCUCCCACGCAACCUCCUAGCCCUGCGCGUUAGCAAGAUCGACCCGGCAGCCGACGACGGCCACGGCCAUGGCCACUCGCACGGCAAGCCCGCGAAGCGGAUUAAGGGGCUCUGGACCGUCAAGAUCGAGCAACAACAAGAGAUGCGCGACGAGCUAUACUACACGUGGUUCUAUGAGCCGCGCACCUGGAAGCAGACCAUCAUGGCAAUCGGCGUUAUCGUCGUUCUAUUGCUCGUCGUCAUGUUCCCGCUUUGGCCGCCGAUGCUUAGAUUGGGGGUCUGGUAUCUGUCCAUGGGCAUGCUAGGGCUCAUCGGGCUUUUCAUAUUGAUGAGCAUCUUCAGGCUCAUUUUAUUCUUGGUCACUACUGUUGUGUUGUCGCCUGGUAUUUGGCUGUACCCGAAUUUGUUCGAGGAUGUUGGUUUCUUUGAUAGCUUCAGACCUCUUUGGGCAUGGCAUAAGGUUAAGAAGUCUAAAAAAGGCGGGAAGAAGGCGGCGAUUGAAGACAAGGACACCGAAAUCACCAACGAGAAGUCGGCCGCUCCGUCUUCUACCCAAUCAUCUUCGGCGCCCACUUCCACCGUCACACCUCCUAAGCCGACUGUCGAAGAUGGUUGAAUCCAUUAACCUGGCCAGCUAUUUCCUUAUAUAUAUAUGGUUCAUUGUUGGGUAGACGGCCAUCUCUACAGCUGCACGACUAAAAUGGCUAACGGGGGCAGGAGGCGACAGCAGUACGGGAGUGUGCCCUCCCCCCACCCCUAUGGGGGGCGUUUUGUUAUAAACAUGGAGUGUAGUUGUUUUUGAAUUAUUGUAAAAAAAUGGGAAAAUAAUUCCACAAUAUUGUUAUUCCGAAAGUUCGGAUUUUCGUUGUUUUUUCUUAUGUUUCUUUCUUUUCUUUUCUUUUCUUUUCUUUUCUUUGUUUCUUUCUUUUUUCCCUCUAUCUCCUUUGAAAGGCUAUAGUAGUAUUAACGUCAUGAUCUUCCC